AUGAAAUACGACGUCAUCGUGAUUGGAGCCGGUUCCGCCGGCGGCACCAUGGCAACCCGCCUGUCGGAGGAUUUUUCGCGAUCCGUGCUUCUGCUUGAAGCCGGCCCCGACUAUCCCGACCUGGAGCAGACCCCCGACGACCUCAAGUUCGGCUAUGCUCCUCGCGCUUCUGAAAUGGGCGCGCCACAUAACUGGUCCUUCGUGGGCACCGGCACGCCCCUCCAGUCUGAGCCCGUGAACGUUCCGCGCGGGCGGGUUGUCGGCGGCACCAGCGCCAUCAACGGCCAGGUCUUUCUGCGCGGCGUGCCCGAGGACUACGACCGUUGGGCCUCGUGGGGCAACGACGAGUGGAGCUACAUCAACGUGCUCCCGUACUUCCGCAAGCAGGAAACCGACACCGACAUCUCCGACGACUUUCACGGUUUCGAGGGCCCCAUUCCGGUGCGCCGCCACCGUAGGGAGAACUGGCUUCCACUACAGGAAGCCUUCGUUCAGGCCUGUAGCGACGUCGGUUACGCUGAGGUGUACGACCACAACCACCCCGAUUCCAGCGGCGUUGGCCCCUUCCCCAUGAACAACCCCAACGGCGUACGCAUGAGCACCGCGUUGACUUACGUCAAUCCCAACCGUCAUCGCCUCAACCUGACCAUCCGCGCCAACGUCCGCGUUCGGCGUAUCCUUUUCGAUGGCCCCCGCGCCGUCGGCGUCGAGGUCGAGAGUGGCGGGGAGACCUUCCAAAUCGAGGCGGAGCAGAUCGUCCUCUGCGCCGGCGCCAUCGCCUCGCCUCAGCUCCUGAUGCUGUCCGGCGUCGGACCGGCGGCGGAACUACGCAGCUUGGGCAUACCCGUGGUCAAGGACCUCCCGGGAGUGGGCAAGAACCUCCGCGACCAUCCCCUGGUCCCCGUCCGCGUCAAGGUCAAAGAUGAUUUCCCCCUCGACCCCGACGCGCCGCGUAUUCAAACGGUCCUGCGCUACACCGCCAGCGGCUCCGGCGCCCGCAACGACAUGCAGAUCUUCCCGUCGUCCUUCUCCACUCCGUUGGGCGGCGACCCCUUCGAUAACGAGGGCAUCCGCCUCACUUGCAUGAUGGAGCUGGCCGAGAGUGCCGGUGCCCUGACCCUGCAGUCCACCGAUCCCGACGUGCAGCCCCACAUCGACUGCCGCUAUUUGGAGGCCGAUUGGGACCGCGAGCGCAUGCGGGAAGCCAUUCGCAUCGUGCUGGGCCUCCUGGACCACGAGCAGUUCCGCAACAUCUACGAUGGCCUGAUCUCGCCCACCGCGGAUGACCUGGUAUCCGACGAAACGCUGGACGACUGGAUGCUCCGCGAGGUCUGCAUCGGCCAGCACCUCUCCGGCACCUGCAAGAUCGGUCCCGACAGCGACCCCAUGGCCGUGGUCGACCAGUACUGCCGCGUCCAGGGCAUCGAGGCCCUGCGCGUCGCCGACGCCUCGGUGAUGCCCGACGUCAUCCGCGCCAACACCAACUGCACCACCAUUAUGAUCGGCGAACGCGUCGCCGAGUGGAUCAGAACCGGUCAGUAG